AUGACUGAGGCGGACAAUGUGACCAAGAAAGGUAACCCGCUGCUGAUGCUGAUGGAGCCGGCACUGCCGGCGCUCAAGUACAUGCUGCCGCUGGUGGCCCUGCUGGCCCUGCCCGAACUGUUGAGCUCGGCUCUGACCAGCCUCAGGGGCAUGGCGGCGCUGAACGCCGGUGCGUACACGGUGCAGGCCCGGCGCAGGGGCCGCAGGGGGGUCAUGGACGGAGGCCGUGCCCGUGGGGGCGGCUCGGGGCCCGCGCCCAGCGGCGUCGACUUCGUGGAGGGCGCCCAGCAGAUGAUGACCCUGCUGGCUCGGCUGGACGAGGCCGUGCAGCGGUACGGCCAGCAGGAGGCCGCCUGCCAGCUGAAGGCCAUGUGCGAGUUCCACCGCUCCGCGAUGACUCCCGAGGCCGGCACCGUGGCCAAGAACAUCAUCUCUAUGCUCAAAGCCGACGGCAGGGUGGAACGGUCAGCGAUGCCCGAGGACCAGAAGGCCGCACUGCACGACUUCCUCAAGGCUGCCCAGAACGGACUGCACCAGCGGAACUGCACCCGCAUCUACCGCGACUGCCACGAGACCACGACCUAACUAGAAUCACUAGCUAAUUAAUCAACGCAUCGGCCUUUUCCGUAUUAUUUCGAACCUACGACGCUGCGAGACCAGCCAGCCCUCUUGCAGAAGCGAGUCGUGAAUGUUCGGGUCAAGACGUGCGCGUGUUCUGUGCACUGAAGACGGAGGGCUCCAACUGAAAGUGACAGUUGUUUUGUGCACUCCACGACGGCGUUCCCGGAAGGUGCCAGCUACACUCAUCUCUGGCGGCAUCAUGGAGCCUGGCGUGUGACGACAUGUGUUCGUUUUCGCUGAGAGCAAAAAAAAAUCAGGAGAGGGAGGCUGGCGUUGAUCGCACGGUGAAAAGCUUCGCAGCGGGACAAGACCGACAGGAGCACGAGCUCGACUUUGUUAAUAGCGCAAUAGCAGUUCCGUACCGGCCCAGUGAUUCACUGGUUGCGGCACCCCAGAGUCAAGACGCUGGGUCCGACGCCCGUUGCUCAUUCCGUUUAGCACGGGCAAGAAGCAGUGCUGUUACCAUUUUGACAAAAAAAGACACGCUGCCAACUCACUUUGUGGGAGUGACUGCUUGUCGCGCACUUAAACUCUCUUGUGAGCGCUCUCGUUUUCACAAAUGAAGGAAAUUCAGUUUGUUUUGCAACAGAUUCAACUCACUCAGUCGUCGAGAACGGGAAUUUGCGAAAACGGAGUUGAGUAUGCCAGAAACAGCUACUCCCGCAAAGGCGCGAAGCGCACUCCCUUACUUCUCAGCGCGCAUAAUUUCUCAUGACGGGAACGCCAGCUGAACGACAGCGCCGUUGACAUACGCGUUUUGUCUGUACUGUCACCGUCCUGUGUUGCGCAAAGCUACUCAACACUGUCCACUGCUUAUUGAGCGCUAAUAACCCCUUACAUUGCCCUUAAUUAAGGUAAUUUCAGGUUUGUGAUAACAGCUAGGCAGUCCGAGCUUCUUAUGAGCAGGCACUUAUAUGAAAGGGUCGGAUUUGAGAUUGACGGCACAUUAGGGCCGCGCAUGUAGGUAGCUGACAUGUCAGUUUCGAUAAUUCGAAUACGGCUGCCCUGCAAGAAGCUAAGCUUGCAAAAUCAUAGCAGCUAUAGUAACCGGGCGAGCGCGCUGAGACAUUUCGAAGCGUAUGUCCUUUCAAUCUUGUCCCGUGUAUUCUACCUCCCAUAAUAUUUCAUAUCUUCAAGUCAGCGUGUGACACUUUUCUUACGCCAUACUUUGUACUGUACACAUGUUUGCCCCCGCGCGAACCAACAUUGUUCUAAGAGAAGAAACUUGCUGCUUUCUGCAAUCGCUAGCAGCUCCACCGACCUUCGAUUUUUCUAGAACCCGUAAUUAAAGAAACAUAUGUUCACGUGGUAUACUCUGCAGUUUGAUCGCUCGGUUUCGGUUGUUUCUGUGGCGAAAUGAGCGCGCCGACAUUUCUGCAGGUAACCGUAAUCACUAACAUCUUUUCUAUGAGCGACGUUCUAUUCUCAAAGUGAAACGCGCAUACCAAGCAGCGCUAGGAGUGAAGAGUACCGGAAAAUAUAAGGAAAAUCUCAUUGUCCGCAUGC